AUGAUUUAUGAAACUUCUGUUGCUAACAAGUACAACGAAGCUAAAAAGGACAUCUACGUCGUCAAAACCACCAAAAAUGCUUAUGAAUCAGACCGCAAGGACGAUUUCAAGUCUAACAAGGAUAGACAUUACAAGAGAGAAGGUGAAAAAUCUCAAGAAAAGGGCAAGAAAAAUGAAGAAGAUUGUGAAGAUGAAAAGUAUCAAGAUGGUAAAGAAGGUCAAAAGGGUAACAAGAAAGGCCGAAAGGGUGGCAAGGAUAACAAGUACGGCAACAAGGAAGACCAAAAUGAUGGCAAAGAUAACAAGCAUGAUGACAAGGAGGAUCAGAAGAAAGAGAAAAAUGUCAAGGGCGGCAAAAGGGAAGAAGGCAAACCUCAAGAAGAGAAAAAGGAAGAUGACAAAGACAAGCAAGUUGUUACUGCUCCUGCUUAUGAAUGGACUUAUGGCUACAAUGCUGGUCACCCCAACCCUGAUUAUUGUAAGGGCUUCAAGAUUGAGCACCCUACUCUUUAUGAUCUUGCUUAUGAGUCUGGUUCCACUCAAGAAAUCAAGUGGUCUAUUGAUCAAUCUCAGCUUAUUGCUGGUAAAGAGGCCAACUCAAUCUUUCGUAUUCGUGUUCUGAGCUUCGGAAACUACAACCAACAAGUUAUUGGCGAAGACCUUGAUGUCUACAAUAAAGACAACACUGGUUCCGUCCGUUUCCCUCUUGAUUUGAAGAACGAUUCUGGUAUGUAUAAGUACCGUGUCAUGGUCAACCAUGGUAAUGAAACUAUCCACUGUGUCUACGAGUCUGUUCCUUUCCGUAUCGUUCAACAUCCUGGAAAAAAGUUUGACCUUACUCCUUACUGGGUCCCCUAUAAAGGUGCUAUCUACUCUCAGGAUACUGAUUCUGGAAUGAAGUACCAUGAAAAGAGAGCCAUUUAA